CAGGAGCAGAUCUGUCUGUGAUUUUGUGGUCCAUAAUCUUUGGUGGAGAUAUGAGACUGAAGAGGAGCUGUGACUGAGGCCAAACACAGACAGACAUGGACAAACAGAAAGUGCUGGGCAAAUUGAUUUUGGAUCUGCAGUCCUUCCUGUCUGCUCUAGACUCAGAGAACCUGAGCAACAUUGCUCAGGCUCAGAAGAAAUCCAUCUCAGAGCUGCUGUCCAAACUGCAGACUAAUGAAAACCCAGUGGAAGAUGCUGAAUACAUGAUCAUGAGCUGUCCAUCAUCAUCGCCUUGCAACAAGCUCGCAGACUCACCUGGGAAAGAUGGUGUUUGUUUCCCUGAGCUGAACUCAAGGCAGGACUCCUCCAUUUGGCUGAAGAAUGGAAAUCAGGGCCCAACAGUGCCACCCCUCCCAGCAGGAGGUUUAGGAGAUGAUGAUGAAGAUACAUAUGAGGAGGCAGAACCCUACAUACCUGCUGACACAACCAUGUCAAACACUGAGAAGGCGGAAUCAGACAGCAGUCACUACGAGUCCUAUGGUGAUGAGGACAACGAUGAGGACAAUGAGGGGGAGGAGCUUGUAAAGGACAAAGCUCACUACAUCCAGUGGAGUGCCUCUCAGCCAUGCCUAAGGCCCGCCCCUGAGUCUCGCCUCUGUGGUUACCUGUGGAGGAGAAAGUGGCUGGGACAGUGGACCAAACAGCUGUUCAUCAUCAAGAACAACAUGCUGCUGUGUUAUAAGUGUGCCCGAGACCUGCUACCACACCUGGAGCUGAGCCUGCUUGGCUGCCAGCUUGUCUACAAGUCAAAGAGCAACAGGAAGAUCCAGCACCAGCUCAAACUGGUUCUACUGGGCUCAGAGACACUGGUGCUGGGCUACAGUACCUUCCAGCAGGCCGACGAAUGGAGGAAGGUUAUAGAGGAGGUGAGUGUUGGAGGCGAAGUGGAAAUUGAUCGUUCAUCAUCUUUGAUCAAAUUAGAGCAGCAGCUCUCCUGCAGGUCUAGUACAGUCCAAAGCCACUCUGAGGAGGAGAAAUCUCCAGCUUGCGGCGGCCUCGACAAAGAUAAAGGUUUCCUUAACGUGCUGAUGAACUGUCAGUGGCAGAGUUUACUGUGUCGUGUUGAUGCCGGUUCACUCAACAUGUUUGGAGAAGAGGAGGACGACAGAGGGUGGGCAAAGAGGGAGCGAUCUCCUCAGUACACCAUCCAGCUCAGAGGGUGUGAGGUGCGAGCCGGGCCUGAUACUGACCACUCCUACAGGAUCACACUGAGCAUGCUCACUGACCAGGUUGCUAUGCUUGAGGUCAGUAGUUCAGAGGAAAAGGAGCACUGGUUGAAGCUGCUGCAGGAUGGAUCUGACAGUCACACUCACCAUAACAACAAAGCCCUGGAGCAUACAGGUGCUGCUCUCAGCGGGCUACAGACUCGGAGCUUUCCUACUUCCAACACUUACAUGGAUGAGCCUUCCCACCUGAGUGGACAUGGUCUGGACCAGCCAGUCUACUCCAACACGUCCAUACUGGAACACAUGCUCCGAACGUCACAGGAUUCAGUUCACUGCAGCUCUGUGUCAUCCAAAGAUUCAGUGACCUACAGCAAUGCAGUUUUCACUUGCCACAACAGGAAGGCAGGUGAGAUGGAACGUAAUGUUCAGAAGCUGGAACUGACUGGCAAGAGGCCUGUGCAGCUGAGAGCCGGCUCGGAGAUUAACCUUGCAUCAGCAGGGAAACAAAACAAACACACCUCUUUUAGACAAUCACUGGCUGUCUGUACAGAGCGUGCUCAGGUGGGUUUCCUGAAUCCUCUGCUGCGACGGACGGCCUCAGCUAAAAACUCUCUGAGACGAGCUCCCUCUGCACUGUUCAUUGAACAUGGGAAGGUUUUCCUGAGAAGGAAGGAGUGGGAAACCAAAGCUGCUACUUGACACCAGCUGAUUGUCUAAUUGUUUGUGUCUGUUUUGUGUUCUUUACAAAUGUGUUUUGUAAUUGUGUAUUUCUUUGUUGUUAUUUGUGUGUCUCACUGUGGUAAUUUGACAUCUCUUUGUAGUCAUUUUAUGUCUCCUUGUAGUAAAAUUGUUGUUUUGUGUCUUUUUGCAGUGGUGUAGUUUAAUUUUGUUUGUCUUUGUUUUCUGUCUCUUUGAUACCCGAUAUCAGAAAUCCAUUCUCCUACACAGCAGUAGACAAAUAUGGCAGAAUGCUGAGCAGUGUACUCAGGUUUUUUUUUUUCUGUUUGUGUUCAGUAUCAACAUGCUUUCUGUAUCACCAGAAUAUUUUGCUCACAAACUCAACAGCGGCGUUGAGAAAAAGUUUCUUUUUCCCUGCUCCUUCUCUGUGAUUAAUCAGUGGUAUGAAUUUCAAGAACCAUGUUUAUUUAAAUUUAUUUUGUUAUGUCCCACAUCAUUAUUGAUAUUGUAAUGGCCUGCAUAUUAUUGUAAUCUGUACAUAUUACUUUGAAUCAGUCUAUCUCUAUCACUUAUUCGUAUAGUUUUUCUACUGAUUGAAUUUUACAAUCUCAGGGGAAUGUUUCUGAUGAUGUUGGAAUAAAUGCU